GCUGAUCACAGUAGGCUAAUCCCAGUGGAAGCGUUGGGCCUCCUGGUUAUGUGGUCGAUUGGGGGAAACCUGCUGCUUUGCUAAAAAGCCUCUUAGAAGUGGGGUCAUGUGACCUCUCUGUGGGCUGCAGGGCGUGUAUGGAGCCCUGUGCACGCUCCUGAAAUAGAUUGAGUAAAGUGCUGCCAAGAAAAACCUCCACAUUCUUGCCAAUCGCACCGUGAGAGAGGCCUGGAUGCAAGACGAGAUUCAAGAGCUACAGGACUCGGCCACGCAGCUGCAAGUUAAGAAGCUGAAAAAGAAGAAAGAGGAGACUAACGGCACAACAGAUGCCGACAUGAAUGUUAAAGAAGCGAAGCCCAAAAAAACGAAGAUUAAGAAACACGAAGAUGUGUCCGAUGAGGACAGUCCCUCCAUCCAAAAUGGAAAGAAGCUGAAGAAAAAGAAACCAGAAAAAGACAAAGAAGAACCCGAAAGAGAAAAAGAGAAAGAACCAAAAAAGAAAGUAAAAAGUGCUCCAAAAAAGAAAAAAGCGGGUUCAGGCUCAGACAACGACGGCGACGACGUUGACAACGAUGAAGAAAGCUCCAAAAAAAAGACAAAGAAAAAAACACCAAAGGACAGCUCUCCAUCCGCAGCUUCGGCCAAAGAAAAGAAACCUAAACCUAAAGAGGACAAAGAUUCCGACGGAAAAGAAAAGAAGUCAAAGUUAAAGGAGAAAGACAAGAAGAAAGAGCCAGCUUCAAUGUUCCAGAUAAACGAAGAAAAAAACUCAAAAAGCAAGAAGAAAGCCAAAUCUGACAGUGAUGAAAGCGAAGAGGAGACAAAGUCAACCAAAUCGAAGAAAAAACCGUCCGCCGGCUCAGCAUCCAUGUUCCAAACAUCAGGGGACAAGGACAAAGACAAGAAAACCAAAAAGAAAGCAAAGGCAGAAGAGAGUGAUGAUUCGGACUCUGAAAAGGAAGGAAAAUCUAAGAAGAAAAAGGGCAAAGGCAAAAAGAAAAAGGAGAGAUCGCCGUCCCCUGAGAUUCAGUUUGACAACCUGGAGGAGUUUGUCAUGGAGCCGGCGACGCAGGGCGUGACCGUCAAAUGCAGAGUGACGCGAGACCAGAGAGGCAUGGACAAGAGCCUCUACCCAACGUACUACCUCCACCUGGACAACGCCAAGAAGACUUUCCUGUUGGCCGGCAGGAAAAGAAAGAGGUGCGCGACUUCAAACUACCUCAUCUCCAUCGAUGCCACAGAUUUAUCCAGAGGUGGAGAGAAUUUUGUCGGAAAGCUGAGGUCCAAUUUAAUGGGGACUAAGUUCACCGUGUUUGAUAACGCUCUGAAUCCAGAGAGAGCUCUUCCAGACAUGUCUAAUGCACGUCAGGAGCUAGCAGGCAUCAUCUAUGAAACAAAUGUCUUAGGAAUGAAAGGACCCAGAAGGAUGACCAUUAUCAUUCCAGGGAUGGACAAAAACAACCAGCGAGUACCUCUACGACCAAGAAAUGAAUGUGACGGCUUGUUGAUGAGGCACCAGAAUAGAAGGACAGAAAAUCUGAUCGAGCUACACAACAAGACGCCCGUGUGGAACGACGAAUCCGCGUCUCACGUGCUCAACUUCAACGGCAGGGUCACCCAGGCCUCCAUCAAGAACUUCCAGAUAGUCCACAGCAAAGACCUGGACUACAUUGUGAUGCAGUUUGGACGAAUAGCCGAUGACAUUUUCACGCUGGACUUCAACUACCCGAUGUGUGCGGUGCAGGCCUUCGCCAUCGCACUCUCCAGCUUUGAUGGCAAAAUCGCCUGUGAAUGACCUCAAUGUUCCCAGUUUACUCUUUGGACUCGUCUUUAGCUCGGCCGAUAGUGAGCGUGCUGCUGGGCCUCGUCUCAUGUUGUCAUCGGAUUAUCACGGCAGGACAAAGGAGAUUCCUGUUUUUCUGUCGCUAAUUUAGUGGAAACGAACGGAUUUCUCAGAGAGACACGCAUCAGCUGAAAGGACCUCGAUGACUGAACAAUUAAGGGUUUUUUUGAGGGAAUGAUGGCACACCUGGAUUAUGAAAAGUGCAAAAAACAGUCUCAAAAGAUGUCAAACUGUGUUGUGUUUUUUUGUUUGUGCUGUAUGAAAGUAACAAUUACGUUGUGUGGUUCAUGUGAAAUUCAAGCUCGCCAAAGAUUGAGUCAAGAUGAGUGUUAAGGCCCAUAUGUGGUUUUUAUCAAACUAAGGUAUCAAAAGUCUACCAACACAUUCUCUCACAGAAUAAAUAAUAGCUUAAAAAAAGAACGUAUUUUGAAGUCUCAUGACAGCUGUUUGUUGUUUGUUUUUAUAAACUCCAGGUUCCAGGAAUUGUUACAGUGACAUGGAAAAGUUUAAUAUUCAAAAUAGAAAUUCAUAGUUCUUAUAUUUGGUGUUCACGUGAUAUUUUCACACAAUAUAAAGGAUUUUAGCUGAUUCCAGCUCCUGUAGAAUAUUCUAUUUUGUAUUUUCGGUUCAACAUUUUUAUAAAAUGUUUUUUUUUUUUUUUUUAACACCGCCUUUGUUGCAUUUGGGAAAGCAUGUGAACUUUCGAUCAUGUUUUUGUAUUGAGGAGACAGUGUGUGGCAUUUGGCAUGCUCUAUUGGCAGAGAUUGGACGUUUUCUUCAGUGAAUUAUCAACCAAACGGGUCCAUGGCUCCGUGUAGGUAAAGAAGUUUGUUUCCCUCUGCUCGAUGCUUCCGGAUGAAACACACUGCACCUCUGAUUGUUAGUUGUUGGAGUCCGGCUCCACCUGCCCAGGGACCGCAGGAGGAGAGUAGCAUGCAGCGUGAGAUGUGCUACAUCUUUUCUCCUUGUAUGAGAAUGUUUUUGUACGUGGUCAAAUAAAUGUAAUGAUAUCAGCACUUAGUAGGUCUCCCAAAAUACUUAAAUAUUACAAUAAUUGAUACCAAAUGAGGCCAGAG